ACUGUCAACAAGGUCAUGUCUCUUCUCAAAAGUCUCCGUCAUGUCCGACGCUUGACUCGAAAUCUUUCCACAGCUGUAUCUGCAGAAGAGACAGUGAAGAAUGACUUUCGGGACCUUAUGCGGAAGUCAGCGCAACCCGUAGCGGUCGUGACGGCCUUGACGCGUGACGGCCACCGCUACCACGGCGCGACACUCUCGUCAUUCACGUCCAUCGCCCUCGACCCCCACCCCCUCGUCGCCUUCUCCCUGCGUAUGCCUUCCCGCCUUGCUAACGCGAUAAAAACCGUCCCCCGGGACCGUUCCACACCGCACCUGGUCGUGAACAUCCUCGCAGAGGACCAGCCUCACAGAGCAGAGGACUUCGUCAACGCGACGGAGGGUAUGUGGGAUCGUAUACCGCACACUUACAGCGAGGAGAAGAUACCCAUACUGUCUGGGUCGCUGGGAGCUGUUUCGUGUCGUCUGGUCGCGCCGCCGAUACCGUUGCAUGAUUUGGACUUUUUGGAGUCGGGUAUGGGAAAGCCACUGGCCGACGCUCCAGUGCUGUCGUCGGAGCUGUAUCUUGCUCGAGUGUUGAGAGUAGAGAGGGUUGACCAGGAGACUAGUUUGAAGCGCGAGGUGCUGCCGCUUAUCUAUCGACAUCGGACUUAUACGACGUGCCUACCUUUCGAUACUCCUACGUGACCUUUGUCAAGAAGGAUAAUUGUUUUUUUUCUUUGGCAGGACCGUAUGAAUGGAAGAAACAUGACGAACACAUCGGUUGCGUAGGUUAUUUCGCAGUGUUCAGAACUUUGAUCAUGAUUCCAAAGCACUAUAUUCCAUGCCAGCCCGAAAAACAAAAAGAUCGACACAAAAUCGAGAGAUUGGCAGUCAUUUGAAAGUCGGAGAAAGUGGAAAUACAUGAACUAUAAUGGAGGUACAUCCGAAAAUAAGACACGAUCUAGAUAAUGUGUAUAAGUCCCAAA